ACCAAAGAGAGCUUGGGUUGCUCGAGACGAACCUCAACAGAAUUUGUCCUGAAAACGUCCUAUUGAAAUUCUAUUAAAAUAGUCGACACCCCUUAAAGUCAUUGUAUAAUAUGCACACAGGGUGGGGUGAGAGGGAAAACAUGGCAAAUAUCCGUCCCAGGACUGCAGUUAACGCUAGUUUACUUUAGCCCUCUGACUUGAAACCGAGUAAGAGGUCCCCUGUACUUCCACCCGUUGGCUGGUUGUUUUCCGCCCUGUUCUGUCCAAGCGCGCACGCCGCGCAGUGAUGCAGAGCCAUGUGCGCCAAUGUGUACCACACUUUGGAGGAGAGCAGCGGUUGUUUUUGUUCCUCGUCUGCUCUAGGUUCUGUACACUGGGGAGUGUGUUUCAGAUUUCAGAAGAUGCACCUUCAGUGAGGCCGACUGUUGAGUCUUUAUUUUGAAGACUGAAAGUCAUCACAUAAAUUCUGACUGUGCUUUAACAGGACAUAGAUUGAGAUUUUGCUUAAUGGCACUUAGAAGCUCCUUAUAGAUGAAGGCAAGAGAAAAACAGCAAGUAAAUUUGUCCCAAACAGAGCCAGAGAGAGCAAAACCAGCUGAAACUGGACAGAAGAGGAAACAAGAGGCUGAAAGGAGUGAGAGAGUGAGGGAGAGGAUGAAGAGAGGAAGCAUCUUGUCCAGCAGAAGUCUAGAGAUGAGUGAAAAAACUCCACAUUCAGCGGCUGCUCCUGAUGGCGGAUGGGGCUGGAUGAUCGUAGCCGGAUGUUUCCUCACCACUGUUUGCACACGUGCAGUCACUAGGUGUGUUUCCAUAUUUUUUGUGGAAUUCCAGUCAUACUUUUCCAGAGAUUAUUCUGCAACUGCAUGGAUACACUCUCUGCUGGACUGCACCACAAUGUUGUGUGCUCCAUUGGGUAGUUAUAUAGGGAACCGCCUCUCUUCUCGUAUAGCUAUCAUGUUUGGUGGGCUUCUUUCCACUGCCGGCCUGCUGCUCAGCUCACUGGCCACCAGUGUGGAGUUCCUGUAUCUCACACUGGGGGUUCUUACAGGUGUGGGAUUUGCUCUUAGCUACACUUCUGCAAUUGCCAUGGUGGGUUCUUACUUCAGCGAGAGAAAAGCACUGGCUUACGGGAUCGCCAUGUCAGGCAGCGGCAUCGGAACUUUCAUACUAGCACCCGCUGUCCAACUCCUCAUUGAGUUCUUCUCCUGGAGGGGUGCACUGCUCAUUCUGGGGGGUUUGGUGUCCCACCUGUGUGUCUGUGGAGCACUUAUGAGGCCUUUGGAAGGUCAAAGCGGGAGACAGAAAGAGAUGGACUUGGAGGGUGGCAAAAAGGUUGAUUUCCUAAAUAUGAAACUUGCUGAUGCAGGGCACAAUAUGGAAGUCAGUGCACAGGAACAGAGAUCGGUGGAGGUAAAACAUACUGAUAUGGAAAAGAGAGGGGGAAAUGAACAUGCUGAGAAUAUGCAGAGCGAUGGAAAAGAACAGAUGGAGUCAGAGCCUUCUGAUGCAAAGCAAACACACUCCAAUGUGGAAAUAAACAUUAGACAGGAAGACUCAGAGGACUCAGAGACUGUGAUCAGAAGCACAGAUGAAUGGGACAAAGAAUCAAAGCCAAAGUGCUCAGAUAAAGACAUCUCAGUCCCAGCUUUAGUACAAUCAAGUGACUUGCCUUUGGACUGUUUGCCAACCAACCAAGAGGACACAAUUAUCCCAGAAUCAAACACUAACCACAAUACUUUGGCACAGUCAAAAGUGGCAAACACAAAAUUACUGAAGGAGUCCAGGGACAAUGUAUGGUCUAUCAUAAGGAAAACAGUAUUGAGAGAAUAUUCCUUCCUGUUGAUACCAGACUUCUUAUUGCUGUUGGUGUCCUUCCUGUUCCUUGCAUAUGGUUGCAGUGUGCCAUUUGUGUAUCUUGUGCCAUAUUCCCUGAGUGCAGGUGUCAGCCCUCAACAGGCAGCAUUACUCAUGUCCAUACUUGGAGUGUCAGGGAUUGUCGGUACUAUCACUUUUGGAUGGAUUGCAGAUAGAAAGUGUUUGAGGCCAUAUAGGGUGGUGAGUUACAUGCUGGCUGUGGGGUCAGAAGGGCUGAGUUGUCUCUUUCUGCCUCUGCUGAAUGGUUUUUCCCUGCUCGUCCCCUUUUCUCUCAUCUACGGCUACUUUGAUGGAGCUUACGUGGCACUUAUUCCUGUGGUGACCUCCGACACCGUCAGCUCCUCCCAGCUGACCUCAGCUCUGGGAGUUGUUUACUUUCUUCAUGCCAUCCCCUAUCUCAUCAGCCCACCUAUUGGAGGUUGGCUAGUGGAUCAGACAGGCUCCUACAAAGCUACAUUCUUCCUCGGUGGAGUCGCUCUGAUCUGCAGUGCUGUGAUUCUGGCUGCUGUGAGAGUUAUUAUCCGUUGCACUAGAGGGAGCUCUUGCUUAAACUGACUCACAACCAGGUACAAUGGGGAUUUCUAAAGCAGUUGAAAAAACACUGUGAUACUGAUGUCAAGAAACAUGAAAGUGCCCCUCCAGAGUUAAAAAGGGUUUUCACGUGUUCCUGAUCUGAAGCUGUUAACAAAUACAAUGCUCUUUUAUAGCAUUUAUGAACACAGAACUGAACAGAAGAACACACUGCUGUACUGCUGAAAUACAGGAUUUAUGUUCCAAUUGGUUAAACACGUGUUUGCUACAAAGGAAACGUGUUUUGUAUUUGAUACUUAUUUGUUAUUUUAAUGUGUCUCUCUCAGCUGAUAUCUGAUUGGCUAGGCCCAAUAGUUACAUGUGCACUACUUCAUUCACAGCUCAGUGUUUUUAUAAUGUACACUACCGUUCAGAAGUUUGGGGUCUGAAAGAUUUUAAUGAUUUAAAAAAAAAAAAGUAGCUUACGCUCACCAAGACUGCAUUUAUUUUAUCAAAAUACAAUAAAAAAGCAACAU